AAGAUAAGUCCUUUCCCACAUCAGUAGGUCUCUUUAGUCUCUUCCUCUUCCCCUUUUUCCCUCCAAUACCAAAAAUAGUGAAAGUUAUCCAAAUAUAUUACUUCUUCCUCUGUCUCGUUUAUCUCUGUCCAGAGCCGGAAAAAAAUAUAUCACAACAAAAUCUUCAUCUCUCAUCCAACAAAAUAGAAAAUAUGGCAUUUGCAAGUCAAAAGGGAAAGGGUCUUAUGAGACCAACAAAAAGUGUAGGGAUUGAUUUUGAUGAUAAACUAUUGUGGAAUCAUGUCAAAGUUGUUUCGGUUGCUGCUGCUGCUGGUGGAAACAGAGUAUGGAUGUGUAACUAUUGCAAUAAAAGAUUCACGGGAUCAUAUAACAGAGUAAAAUCACAUCUCUUAAAAAUACCAAACCAUGGAGUUCAAAUAUGUUCAGCUAUCGGUGGUGAAAUAUUAAGGGUUUUGAAGACAGAGCAUGAACAAGUGGAAAGAAAAAAACCAUCCAUUCAAGUUUAUGCAAGAAAGAAAGCUGAUUAUGUAUCUCUUCCGGAGGGGAAUGAUUUGCUACAACCGAAAAAAAGAAAAGGUCCAGAAGGUGGAGCUAUAGAGAAAUCCUUUGGCCUCUUUGAAAGAAAUACCGCCGAUAAAUUAGCAGCCCGAAUGUUUUUCGCAUCAGGUCUAUCGUUUAAUUUUGCAAGAUCUCCUUAUUUCACAAAAUAUUCACUGUUUCUAGCUGAAAAUCAUAUUCCUGGUUAUAUUCCCCCGGCAUAUGAUAGGUUGAGGACAUCUCUUUUGGCUCAGGAAAAGACUAACAUUGCUAGAAAGUUGCAACCAAUUAGAGAUACAUGGAGAAAGAAAGGGUUGUCGAUUUGUUCGGAUGGAUGGUCCGACAUUAAGAGACGACCUUUGAUAAAUAUAAUGGCAUCAUCUAGUCGGGCCCAAUAUUUUUAAAUUCAAUCAAUUCUAGUGGAAUCGUAAAGCAGGGGGGAAUACAUUGCUAAAUUGUUUAUUCAUGCAAUAGAAAAUGUAGGUCCGGAUAAUGUUGUUCAAGUUAUUAUGGAUAACGCAAGUAACAUGAAAGUGCCGGUUCUAUCGUGGAGCAAAAAUUCCUCAUAUAUUUUGGACUCCUUGUGUUGUUCAUUGUUUAAAUCUAGCGUUGAAAAGUAUGUGCCAACCUUCGGAAAGAUCAACCCAAUUUGCGAAUGGAUAGUAACGUUACUCGGUCAAGUAAAUAGUCUGAAAAACUUUGUUGUGAAUCAUGACAUGGCACUUGCAAUUUUUCAAAAGCAUUCUAAAUUGAGCUUAUUGAAAGUUGCCGAAACAAGAUUUGCAUCACACAUUGUUAUGACCGAUCGUGUUAAAAAAUUGAAAUCGGCAUUAGAGAAGAUGUCAAGAUGGUGAUGGAUGAUGAAUGGAAGCAUUAUAGGGGGGAUAGGACACUUGAAGCUAAAACACGUGAUAUAAAAACCCUUAUAAUGAAUGAUGAUUGGUGGGAUAGUAUUGAUUAUUUUUUGAAGUUCACGAAACCUAUUGUAGAUAUGCUUAGAAGUGCCAAUCUUGAUAUUAAAAAAUGGGACACCAUGAUUGAGAAAGUUAAAAAAGUUAUCUUUGAGCAUGAGGGGAAGGAUCUCAUUUCCGGUCAAUCAAGCUUUUUUAAAACAAUUUAUGAGAUUCUUGUAUCUAGGUGGAACAAAAGUAAUACCCCUUUGCAUUGUUUGGCACAUUCUUUGGUUCCAAAAUACUACCAUGAAUCAUGGCUUCAAGGUGAAAAUGGAAUUCGAAGGCAAGCUCCUAAUGAAGAUCAGGAAAUCUCAACGAACAGGGUCACAUUCUUUCGAGAUGCUUUAAAAAUGAUGAAAUGAAGCAAGUCUCAAUGGAGUAUGGAGCAUUUUGUAGUGGGGGUGGUUAUUUUGGUGAGCCUCAUGUGAUUGAUGCUAUGGGGUAUGAGGAUCCUCUUUCUUGGUGGGCAAAUCAUGGUGUCUCGGCUCCACUCUUGCAAAGCUUAGCUUACAAGUUGCUUACUCAACCGGCUUCUCCCUCUUGUUGUGAAAGAAAUCGGAGCACUUAUUCUUUGAUUCACAUCAUCAAGAGAAAUAAAUUAGCAACUUCAAGAGCCGAAAAUUUGGUAUUUGUACACUAUAAC